UCGUAAUGUUUGUAGUGUUUAUUGCACACACACUUUGUGGUAAAUGAAUAAAAAGAAGAGCAAAUCAGAGGCUUUUUCAUCACAAAUAGGAAGUCCCACACAGCUGUGAAAUGAUCUUGGAGAAAGACAAUCUGGUGAUAUGCUGGACAUUUACUAUCUUUUGUAAACCAAAGAAGGGUUUUAUUUUUUGCACCAAAGAAAAAAAAAGAAUGAACAGAAAAAACAGUGCCAAUAAUUAAUAAUAACUUGGACAAUAACUAAUAAUUGUCCCAUGACAUCAUUAUGUAUAUUUUUAAGCAAAAACAACAACAACAAAAAACAAUGACUGUGAGCUACAUGCUGUGUAGUUCAAGCCCAGCACUUUUGAAUGUUGGUGUCCACUAGAUGGCGCCAAAAGACCAAGCGGCAUUAGCAUAGAGGGCGGGACGGAAGCAGCAUCCGGGGACAGAAGCGGGUUAUUGUCAUCACGAACACACCUUCUCAUCCUGGCUCUCUGGAUAUGAACCUGCAGCCUGCUCUCCUUGCAGUCCCCCCUUCCUCCUCUUCCUCCUCCUCCUCUUCCUCCUCCUCCUCAGUUGCUGGACAGCUGUAGUGCGCACUGAGCAACGGCAGUGCGCAAAAGGGCCGGCAUGCACCUGGAGGGGAACCCGCCCUGUAAAGCCGGUUCCAGACUCUGUUCGGAGUUUCAGCCGGAUUGCAGGAUGAUGCUCUAACAGCAUGAAUACAGCGGGCCGGGUGCUGGAGCUGGAGCUGCAACAUGGGCGUGGGUCGAAACGAGCGGGAUGCGAUUUCGCGGACAUAAUACGGCAAAAAGGAGGACCGUGCAAAAGGAUCCGAGUUGUGAUCUGAGCUCGGGUUCGCUCGGAUUCACCACACGCAGCACUUUCCCCGUCACUGACCGGAAUGAUGGAGAAGGGCGCGUUGCAGCGCCUGCAGCAGCAGCAGCAGCAGCAUCAGCCUCUGUCCAAGAGCGCGGAGCGUCCGGCGGAGGACGUCGCCAAAAUCCCCGACGAGGAGCUGCUGAAGUGGAGCAAACAGGAGUUGGUGCGGCGGCUGCGCCAGACGGAGACGGAGAAGAGGGCCGUCAUCGUGGAGCACGGCAAUCUGAUGCGUGAGGUGAACCGGAGGCUCCAGCAGCACCUCACGGAGAUCCGGAGUCUGAAGGACGUGAACCAGAAACUGCAGGAGGACAACCAGGAGCUGCGGGACCUGUGCUGCUUCCUGGAUGACGACCGGCAGAAGGGGAAGCGGGUGUCGCGGGAGUGGCAGCGCCUGGGCCGCUUCAGCGCGGGGCUGAUGAGGAAGGAGGUGGCCGUCUACCUGCAGAAGUUAAAGGAGCUGGAGCAGCGGCAGAUGGAGGUUGUCCAGGAGAAUCUGGAGCUGAAGGAGGUGUGCUUUAUGCUGGAGGAGGAGCGAGCCGCUGCCACAGCUGGAGGAGGGGCCCACACCCAGGGAGACCCCGGCUGCAGGAGCUCAAUAGACAGCCAGAACAGCCUGUCUCAGCUCGGAGGGGGCGGGCCUACACCUGGCUUGCUGCGGGACGUCGGCGAUGGGAGUAGUACCUCCAGCGCAGGAAGCACGGAUAGCCCCGAUAAACCCCACCACAAGUCACCUGCCCUGAGCUCCAGUGCGAGCCCAGGAUCAGGGCCAAGGUACUCCUUGGAGAAACAUAGAGAUAUGUGUGAAUCUUCAAAUAGGAGAAACAGCUCAACCCCUGAGUACCAAACCUUCCCUCAGUCUUGCCGCCCCCGUGGUGGGUCCCUUUUAAGCCUAGCACCCUAUGGGCUUGGAGGACCUUGGCCUGAGAAAAACAGCAAAUCCCCCUCCAGGCUACCUUGUGACUCCAACUCCAAACCCUCCACCUCUGAGCUACUAGCUCAAAAACCAUUUCUGAUGUCAGGACACGCAUCACCAGCCUGCUGGAAGGGGUCGGCUAAGUCCAGCCCGGAGCUGAGUCAGAGGAGGUUCCAGGGAGACAAUCUGGGGGCUGGCUGCAAAGGCCCUGAAGCUAAGCAGCCCACAUCAGGGACCCUGGAGUACCUGAGGAAAGGCCGGGUGAUUGUUGGGAGUCCAGAGUCUAUGCGGCACCACCAUAAUUACCAUCACAGCCCUGGAGGGGAGAACAGCAAGGGAAGGCACAGCGGCGGCUCCCCGGGCGGGGACAGGGCUCAGAGGAGGGCUGUUGGAGAAGAGAUGAGCCCCCAUCAUCAGAGUCUGUACAAUGCACUGAUAUCUGCUGGCUGCUGCACCAGUUCCUGUCGGACUGUAAAGCUUUGGGACAGCUUUGACGCCUCCUGACCAGGACACGCCUGGUUGAUCUGAUGCUGCUCUGACAACACACCCACACACACACCACAGAGACAGAGAGAGAGGAACGGGGGGGAUGGACCAAUGUUUAACUGGGUGGAUAAAUGGUUGAAAAUGAAUCGGCGUAAAACAAAGACGCUGAAGAACGAAACACGGGCACUGAGAGGCGAAACUCUGGAAACACACAUUCUGCCCUUUCUCCUGUUGCUGCUAAUGCUACUAUGCAUCUCUACUAGGUAACACUAGAUGUUGUUCGUCGUGUUGGAUAGGUGAGGACUUAUCCCUCCUUUGCCAAAAGAAACAGAACGAAAUGACUAAAGCUGCUCAGAAUCCUUGUUGCCAACAAUAUGGUUCUACCUCGUUUGAAAGACAGCGUCCUCAUAGAAGACGCUCGAUACGAGAAGCAACGUCUGACACUAACACUGAAGGUUAAAAACCCCCUCAACAGUAAUAUCAGCUGGCAUUCGAAAUCUGCAAACGCCUAGGUACUAAAUGUGGCUCCUGCUUUGGAACAAAACAUACUUUUAAAGCACAAACUCUAAUUCAAAGGAUAUUUUCUCUUGCUAUAUUGGUCGUCAUCAUCAGGCAGUUUCAAUAAUUUCGUCCUCUUAACAAUAGGCGAUGGAGAUGUUGGUCCUGGCAGUGUAAGGACAGGGGAAGUGCAAGUGUGGAUUAGUGCGACGCUCUUAUUUUAAAAUCAUAACAUGUUGUUCAGCAAGACCAUCUUGCUACUGUAACCAAUCAACCCAUUUGUGGCUUGUAAGCAGAUCCUUAGACACAGUCUAUAGCUCACGAUACUCCUUAAGCAUUUUAACAAAGUCUUAUUAAUAUGCAAUAUUCUGUUAACUAUUUUAUUGUUCAUAAACCAAUCUGUCUAAUAAUGUUAAUAUCAGUUUUAAGAAUUCAUUAUUUUCCUAGCCUUUAUUAAAUAUUUAUUACAACCAAAAUAAUUUUUGUGAAUUUGAAGACCCAUCCAUCACAUUAUAUAAAACACCUAAUCUUGCAGAGAGACCAGGUGGCUGUCUCCAAUGAGAGGCGGGGCACGCCCUGGCCAGGUUGACAGUAUUUGGUGAAGGUAUUGAUUAUUGAUUACAGUGUACCCACAUUUUUCAGGUUUGGUCAUUUACGGGCAGUAUGGCCAAAUAUAUGAUCAAUACGCAGAGCGUGAAUGAAUGAAACAUCUGACGCCUACAAAUCUACCAAUGAAUGAAUGUGAGCUGUCCUUUUCAAUUGCAGUAUUGCACACACCUGUACUAGGACGAUGACUUCAAUAUAAUAUUUGUGCAGCACAUAUUGUAACGUCGAUUCUAUAGUGUAACUAGAAAUAAAACGGAAGGUUAUGAUAAAGGAAUCGAAUGUUCAAAAUAUAAUUCUAAAGUUUACAACUUUGAGACUAAUCUCUUAAUCUGAAAUAGGGAAGGAAUUCAAAGUCUUAAAAUUACUUGGACCCAUUAACUUCCACCACCAGAACCACCACUGAAGAACGAUCUAAAUUCCUUACUGUAGUCCAAAGUUGAGUAGUUUACUUUCACUUAAGGAACUUAUAUGCCAAUUGCAGCUGUGGUUGCCACAUGUCUUGCUGCCUCUCAGCUCAACACAGACAGCUGUUGUUGUUGGCCACAAGGUCUCUCUGAGACCAGCCGCUGUUAUUUCUGACCCAGGUUAUUUAACAUCCUGGUCGCUCCUGACUUUGGACUAAGAAUCUGAUUGGAUAUUAAGAGGAUCUUAUUUUCUAAAGUUACUAAAUGCCAUAGAGCGUACAAGGAUGUUCUGUGGCCACAGUCUUGCUCAUCUUUACGGAAAAAUGGACAAAUUAUAGAUUUGCUUACAAUAAAAACAAAAACCAUUUUUGGUAAACAAAUCUAGAGAAUGACCAGUCAGCAUGUGCUACUGGGAGAGGAGCAGGCAUGAGGAUAGCUGGUAAGAAAACUUUAGUGUUUUUAGACAUUCUUCAGACUAGAGAGGAGAAGAAAGACGUCAGCAACAUUUUCCUGUAACUAAUUACUUUUUCCAUUCACACUUGUGGAGGCUUAUGGGCAACAUGAGAAUUAAAGCUGCAGUAUGUAACUUUUAUAUACAGUAUAUAUAUAUUUAUAUAAAAAAACCCAACAUAUUCUCACACAUUUGGGACAAAUAAUCGGUAAAAAAAAAUCGAGCUCCUCUCACUUCUCUCAUUGCUUCCAGUGUUAACUAGAAACAACUAGUCAGAGCGAGGAGGAGAGUCUUAGCUUAGCGCUGUCAAUCACCCCUCCCCUCGCUCCCCUUCUUUCUCUCCGCUACGAUACAGCUUCAGAGCCUGUUGUGAAUGCUAAGGACAUUUAGCAUGGCCACCGAUGACAGCGGAUAAAUGGUUUUCCUAUAUAGGAGAGUUGUUUCUCCGCCAUUAGCACAUUUAGCAGCGCAUUCGUGAGAAUGAUUGGCCGCGCUAAGACACUCCUCCUGGCUGUGAUUGGUUGUUUUUGACUGGGAGCGGUGCAUUUCUUCAGACAGGAAUAGCAGCACAAUCUUUUCACAGAUUAUCUGCCUCCUAUUAUACUGCCAGAAAAUGGUGAUAGUUGCAAAUAUGUAAAAAUCUUUUUUAUUUUUUAUAAAAGUUACAUAGUGCAACUUUAAUUCAUUCUGAGGAGUUCAUAAGCAAUGACCUUUCGUACUAUGGGAAUGGUAGUGUGAAAGGAAUACAUACCCCUUCAGCUUAUGACAUACAUUAUCUGAUCUCUUUUCAAUUCUUGUAAAGCUAUCAUCCACAGCUUAUAAGCGGAAAGUUUUGAGGCAUUUUAUACUGCAAGACAAACUUCUGAUCUCGUCUGAUGAAGUUGAUACGUAGUUUUGAGAAGGAUGCAACAUUUUUGUUGGACCAUAUAAAAUCACUGACAAUAAUGUACGUGCAGAGACCCGUAGACAGACAUAUAAGCUAUCAUCCAUGCUUUAUUUAUUCCCUAAGCCUAACUUCAUACUUCCUGGAUGUCAAAUUCAAACCAUAUGUAUUUUUGUAUAGCACAAGUAGCAAAGGAUAAGUACAAAGUUGUUCUUGCAAAUAAAAAAUGAGGGUCGAAAUCACACUAUCCAAUUACCAACAACAAAAUUAGACUUUCUGAUAAAGUCAUAGUUAAUCUGAAAUUAACAACGCAGAACUGUUCCAAAUAACAAAAUAUAACAAAUGUUACCUUUAGUUCUCAGAAAAUGGAUGUGAGAUUGGAAGGUGUGUGUACAACUUCUAAAAAUGUAGCAGUUAGUUAUGAGCACCUUACUCUGCUGCUUCCCACAGGGUUAUAAAUUUGUUUGGAAAUAUAUAUAUUUUUUUUUUCGGCCAAGAUCUGCUCCUAUGUCAACAGCGCUGCAGUAUUAUAAACUUUGUGUCAGCUCUCAUAUUGUGUGGUGCUGUGCUUGUGUGUGUGCGCCAUUUUGUGCACCUCUAGGUCAAUGACAAUGUGCCGUUAGCAACAUUUUUUAUAAAUAGCAAGCAACACAACAUGUAACUGGACAGCAAUUACAUGUUGUUCAAUUCAACAUGUAAUUUAACAUGUUCAUCUUUUGAGUUACACUAUCUUCUUAUUUUUUCAUAACUCUCCUGCUUAUUGAGCAAAAGAGCGAAGCUCUUUCUUUCGAAGAAGCUAGAUUGUACAAAAGUUCUUUGUGCCACAAGAGCUUUGCUCAACAUGUUGGUUCCAAACAAGAACACUGUGCCAAAAUAUUUAUAACUCUGUAAGAGUAAAAAGAAAAAAAAAAGAAAUUCAGAUUUUGGCGUAUAGAUUCCUAACGUAAAUUUCUUUAUUGAAGGUUUGAAAUCCACCUUGUGGAGAGAUGUUUUCCCAAAGUGGGGUUCUACCAAGAGGUCAUGAACAGUAAAUAUGCUACCUGCAAUAGAUAAGCUAAUAGCUUUUUCCAUCAAAUUUGGCUAAUAAAAACACAUGGGGGGGGGAGAGGGGGAUCCAUACUCAGCCCUGAUGUGAUCAAGUUUGCCAAACCAUUUAAACAGGCAUCAUGUCUUAUUACAUAAAUGUCUGUUUUUAUUUACAACAACAAUCUUGGAACGCAUAUUGAUCUGCUGAAAAAUACCGAGGCAUUCUCAGUUCAUAUUGCUAGACAGAACUGUUCCUACUGUAUGAACCCUCCAGAACCUAUAAAAAUAUUAUCAUUAUGGGCCCAACAUUUAGACUAAACCGCCUGGAUGGCUGAGGAUGUAAAGUUUAUUUUAAAAUAAAGUAAAAAGACAUCUAGUUGUAAUGUACUAGUUAUGUGAGUGCUUUUAGUCAGGGGGCCAUUUUUUCCCCCCUAAAAACACUCACACACACACACUCCCUCCCAUAUGCCGUUAUCAUCCGAGAGUCCCCUGGGAAGGUAGCAUGGUCACAUCCAGCUAACAGCGCCAUGUCUCUGCCUCAGAGUCGGCCUUUCACAGUGAUGUGUAGAGUCUUUUUCACUAUUUAUUUACAUGACAUAAAUAAAAAAAAUAUAUACCUUACAGCCAAGUGUUUGCUGGUAGAAAUGAAAGAUCCUUUCUACCAGAGAUGAGACCCUUUUUCGUCGUUCUUAAAUGUGUGUCGACAUGUGAGCGUGUGAAGCUUUAUCUGGCGACAGAAAAAGCUGCAGAUGAGGAGUUUUACAGUUUUGAACAAAAUAAAGACUAGGUGUCUCUAUCUCUUUGCCUACAGUGCCCAUAGAUUGCUAGGUAAGGGGUUUACUGGUCAAAAACUCUUAACAGGACCCCGCUUUAAUAAGUCGAAACAGUAACUCAAAAUGUAGCAUGCCUAUUAUUAAAUCAACUUCACGCUGUCAUUUACAGGAAGACGUUGUUGUAAACAGGCUUCUGUGAAAUAUAUUUAUCAACAGUUUCUCCCAUACUCUUUUGUUCCCAUAAAAUUCUUCAUCUCACUUUGUAACAGAACCACAAUAAAUUUGUUCCUCACUGGGAUCCAUGUUGAAUGGAUGAAGCGUUCCACACAGAAACGCUUCAAAAGUCUGAGCCUGGGAUUUAUUUGACAGAUAAAGCACAGCUGCGCGUCAUUAAAGCUAAGAAUAAUUGGCCUUGAGUCUUGGGAGUGUUAUAUGGCAGGAAGUAGCUUCUAAAGCACCUAGUUCUCCAUCUCCUGAAGAAAAGGCAAAUCCUUCAUUUAUUUGUAAGCGGAAAGAAAGUUUUGAGGCAUUUUACACUGAAAGACAUAAUUCUGAUCUCGUCUGAUGAAGUUGAUACGUAGCUUUGAGAAGGACGCGACGUUUUCGUUGCGCCAUAUAAAAUCAUUGACAAUAAUGUAUGUGCAGAGACCCGUAGACAGACAUAUAAUCCUGAGGCGACAGUAUAACCUCCUGACUCUGUGAAAUGUUGUUUUUGUAGCUUUGGUGAAACAAGCAGGAAUUACCAUAUAUACUGAAAGACGUGUUUUUAAAGUUUAAUAGUAGUAAAUCUGCUUUUAUAUAAAUAUUUACUUACAGCCAUUAUUUUUGACUUGUUGGUAUUAUAUAAUCACAAUUAUAUAUCCAGAGAUCUAUGUAUAAUACAUGCUAAUAAACUAUCUUUAUGUAGAAAAUGGCUCGUUAUUUCCUAGCUAUUGUGUGUUGGUGUGGAUAUGUGUGUUAUUAGGAAAAUAUUAGCACAUUCAUGGACACUGAAAUAUGCUGAACAUGGCUCACAUCGAGUAGUGUGAUCUGUUGGUCAUCCUGAGCUAUUUCUCUGCUGCGGUGCUCAUCAGCGGUCCACGGGCUGUUUUACAUUCAAGUCACACACUAAAGAUAAUUAACAGGCAUUAAAUUAGAAUGUUAUUGCCAAACUCAAGACAUUAUAUUGAUUUUUUUCCCAUGUAGAUUAGAGGUUUCAACCCCUUCUUUUCUGCUAAUUAUGAUUUUAUAUCUACAGCUAACGAAAACACAUCAUUUCAAACUUGAUGCGAUAUGUUGUGAUAUGUUGCAGCAGCUGACUCUAACCCAGCAUUUCUAGAUUCCAGUCCUAAAACCCUCCCGCCCUUCAUUUUGAGAUGCGUAUCUAUUCCAGAACAGCCGAUUCAAUGAUUGCAUGACCUCUUCUGCAGCCAUCAAGUUUUGCAGAGACUUAAUAUUUAACCUGUAUGGUGUAGUGACUUUCCUAAUACUUGUAUGUCUGACUUUAAGCCAUGUUUGUCAUAUUUGAUUUUGAGCUACACUCCACUGGAACCUAAAUCUGCUAGAUGCUAAUUAUUACUUCAUCAUCUUUGCUCUUCUUCUGCACGGACUCUUUAUGAAGAUCAAACUAAAGUGUUCCUAAAAAGCACCUUGUUAACAUAAUUUUACUACACAAUAAAAAUGGGCACGGGAGUUUGGGGAACAAUCAUUGAUCGUAAUGCUCCCAUGUGCUUAAUGACUUU